AUGCUGGCAUGGCAGGACGGCGGGGCCAAGGCGGCUCCUGCCCACCACAAGAUCUCCUUCUCAGUCCUCGACAUCCUGGACCCGCAGAAAUUCACGCGUGCUUCUCUCCCAGUCGUGCACCUCGCUUCCUGGGAAGCCAAGAAAAGUUUGGCAGAGGUCGAAGUGGAGAAGGACGCCAGCUCCGGGGAGCCGGUACGGCAGCAGAAAUCUGAUGCUGCGGGCCAAAGCGCCGGUCCCGCAUCCCCCUUGGAGGGCUCGGAGGCCGAGGCGGCGGCAGAAGAGGACGCGGAGGCCGCCGGGCGGCCACGGCAGCGGGAGCCGGCGGCACGCUCUCCCGAGGCUCGGGCGGCGGCGCAGGCGGCGGUCGGCGGGGGCGGCCCCGUGGGCUCCCCGGGCCCUCCCGGCUCCCCGCGGCCCCGGCGCCGGCGCGCCGAGCCCAGCUGCGCCAAGCCGCGGCGCGCGCGCACCGCCUUCACCUACGAGCAGCUGGUGGCCUUGGAGAACAAGUUCCGCGCCACGCGCUACCUGUCCGUGUGCGAGCGCCUGAACCUGGCACUGUCGCUUAGCCUAACCGAGACGCAGGUCAAAAUCUGGUUCCAGAACCGCAGGACCAAGUGGAAGAAGCAGAACCCGGGCGCCGACGGCGCGGCGCAGGCCGGGGGCGGCCCACCUCAGUCUGGGACGUCGGGGACCGCUGCAGGAACCUGCGGGGGCGGGGGCGGCACGGGGGGCAGCCCAGGCUCGCCGGGCCCCGGCGCUCUGCCCUUCCAGACUUUCCCCGCCUACUCGGCGGCCAACUUGCUCUUCCCAGCCGCCGCCGCCUUCCCGCUCACGGCCGCGGCCGGGAGUCCCUUUGCGCCCUUUCUCGGCCACUCCUACUUGGCCCCCUUCUACGCCCCGCACUUAUAAGCUAGGAGCCCGUCGAGGUGCCCAAAGGGGCGGCAUCGCGAGGGAUUGGCAGGGCGGUGGGGCUCCUGCACGGAAGGCAGCGACGCGCGCGGACUGCCCUCUCCUGGCGCGCGGGGGUCUGCGCGCCCCUUCCCUUCCGGCUGCGGCAGACGCCGCCAGAGGGCGGGAGAGGCCGCUCUCCGCUGCCAUCUGCGCACUGGCCGCCAAAGGUCCCGAAUGGGCUCCUUGUGUCCUCGGACCUUGCUGUCUGUGGACUUUGCGCUUCUCUCCCAGGCAGGUUUAAUUC